GACGGAUAAUACGGUCGUCCGUAUUUUGUGGUAUUGACUAUCGCAAACGUUUGUUUUUCGAAAUCUGUUUACUUCUCGCCAUUUUAAUCGUUUAUAAUUCAUCAAAAUGAAUGUGCCUCCAGCUGCUCUUCUUAACAAAACCAAGAAGAAUUUUAUAGGUUUACCUGCUCCACUUGGCUAUGUUGCGGGCGUUGGAAGAGGAGCAACUGGCUUCACCACUCGGUCUGAUAUUGGCCCAGCCCGUGAUGCAAGUGACGUGUCAGAUGACAGACAUGCCCCUCCAGCUAAACGUGGCAAGAAGCAGGAAGAGGAAGAAGAUUUGAAUGAUGCUAAUUAUGAUGAGUUCACUGGAUAUGGAGGUUCAUUGUGCAACAAAGAUCCCUAUGACAAAGAUGAUGAAGAAGCAGAUGCAAUAUACGAGAGCAUUGAUGACCGAAUGGAUGAAAAGCGCAAAGAAUACCGUGAGCAGCGACGUCGAGAAGAACUGGAAAACUAUCGCCAGGAGCGACCCAAAAUUCAACAGAUGUUCAGUGAUCUUAAGAGAGACCUGGCUCAGGUGUCUGAAGAUGAAUGGUCAUGCAUCCCUGAGGUAGGAGAUGCUCGUAACAAGAAGCAGCGCAACCCUCGUAUGGAGCGCUUUACCCCCCUGCCUGACAGCGUUUUGGCUCGGAACAUGGGUGGGGAAACUGUCACUGCUAUUGAUCCUACUUCAGGAUUGGCCUCCAUGAUGCCUGGCACAAACACCGUCGGCCCUGGCAUGGUUACUCCAUCUGGUGACCUCGAUUUGCGCAAGAUAGGCCAAGCUCGCAACACUCUAAUGGGCUUGAAGCUUAGCCAAGUUUCUGAUUCUGUUGGGGGUCAAACGGUAGUGGAUCCAAAAGGAUACCUAACAGAUCUUCAGAGUAUGUUGCCUCAGUAUGGCGGCGACAUCAACGACGUCAAGAAAGCUAGACUUCUGCUUAAAAAUGUACGCGAAACAAACCCUAACCAUCCGCCUGCGUGGAUCGCUGCUGCGAGACUGGAAGAAGUCACUGGCAAAGUGCAGAGUGCCAGGAACCUAAUCAUGAAAGGCACCGAGAUGUGCCCUAAGUCUGAGGACGUUUGGCUCGAGGCAGCCCGACUCCAGACUCCUGAAAUGGCAAAGGCAGUUAUCGCCACUGCCGUUCGAACGCUGCCUUUCUCUCCUCGACUAUGGAUCAAAGGAGCAAAUCUGGAAACCGAACCGAAAGCAAAGAAGAAAGUUUUCAGGAAAGCUUUGGAACAAAUCCCGAAUUCGGAGUUGUUAUGGAAAUGUGCCGUUGAUUUGGAAGAAGAGGAAGAUGCUAAAAUUCUACUCAGUCGUGCUGUUGAGUGCUGCCCUACAUCAGUUGAUCUCUGGCUCGCUCUGGCUAAACUAGAAACGUACGAGAACGCUCGCAAAGUUCUCAACAAGGCUCGAGAAAGUAACCCUAAGGAUCGGAAUAUUUGGAUCACGGCUGCCAAACUUGAAGAGGCAAAUGACAACGCGAUGCUUGUGAGUAAAAUCAUCGACCGUGCAAUAAACACGUUGGUCGCCAAUAUGGUCGAACUUAACAGAGAUCAGUGGAUCAAAGACGCCGUGGAGGCAGAGCAGAGUGGCUCUGUGCUGACCUGCCAGGCAAUCAUCAAGCACAUCAUUGGCCACGGCGUUGAAGAAGAGGACCGCAAACACACAUGGAUGGAGGACGCAGAUUCUUGUGCUUCUCAAGGCGCAUACGAAUGCGCAAGAGCAAUCUAUGCUCAUGCUCUUGCAGUUUUCCCAAAAAAGAAAUCUGUUUGGUUGGCAGCUGCUCACUUCGAACGCUCGCACGGCACCAGGGAGAGCUUGGAAUCGCUGCUCCAACAAGCUGUCACACAUUGUCCACAGGAGGAAAUCUUGUGGCUUAUGGGGGCGAAGUCAAAGUGGCUAGCCGGCGAUGUUCCUGCUGCUCGAUCUAUCCUCGCUCUCGCCUUCAAAGCCAACCCAAACUCAGAGGAAAUUUGGCUGGCUGCUGUUAAACUUGAAUCUGAGAACAACGAAUAUGAACGAGCCAGGCGUUUGCUAGCUAAGGCACGCUCGCAGGCGGCUACCCCAAAGGUUAUGAUGAAGUCUGCCCACCUGGAAUGGGCCCUUAAUAACCUGGACCUCGCCAAGAAGUUACUUGAUGACGGAAUAAAACAGUUCAGCGACUUCCCUAAACUCUGGAUGAUGAAGGGACAGAUACUCGAACAGGAAGGAGCUAUCGAUGCAGCCUGGGAUGUUUAUAGAGAGGCUGUCAAGAAAUGCACGCAGAGUAUUCCAUUAUGGUCGCUGCUGGCAGCUCUGGAAGAGCGACGCGGUCGCGCUACCACCGCCAGAGCGACACUGGAGAAGUCGCGUGUGAGGAACCCCAUGAACGAGCAGCUGUGGCUGUUGGCCGUGCGGCUCGAAAUUAGACUUGGCAACAAAGAGGUUGCUCGGAGUUUGAUGGCUCGGGCGCUGCAGGAGUGCCCCAGCUCAGGCCUGCUGUGGGCGAGCUCUAUCUUCCUCGAGGACCACGCGAGGCGCAAGAGCAAGAGCGUCGACGCCCUCAAGAAGUGUCAGGACGAUGCCAGGGUCGUGCUCGCCGUCGCCAACAUGUUCUGGAUGGACGGUCGUAAGAACAAGGCACGCGAAUGGUUCAACAAAACCGUGAAGAUCGACCCUGACUUGGGGGACGCCUGGGCCUGGUACUACAAACUGGAACUUGUGUUUGGGACUCCAGAGCAGCAACUGGAGGUGCAGGAGCGUUGUGUCAAGGCGGACCCUAGACACGGGGAGCACUGGCAGGCCGUUGCUAAGCAUAUCUCAAACUGGCGCAAGAAAACAGACGAAAUUUUGAAAAUUGUCGCUGACAAACUGCCUAUUCCCGUACCAACUUGUCAGCAUUUGUGAGCCGACGAUAUAGUGAAAGUAAGCACUGUCAAGAUAUGAUUAAUUUACAAAACCGCUUCUAUAGAUACUGAUUAAUCUUAGCAUACGGUACGUGUGUUUAUGUCGUGACGUUAGGAAAGGGAUGAUGAAAUACAACUCGUAAAAAAAGCUUAAGUUUAUUAUUAUUUUCUCGGCAAAAACCUUACAGAAAAUCUUGAAACAGCUUGAAAAAAUGUCCUGAAAUGAGUAAGCUCAGAAAUCA